AUGAGUUAUAUGUUAGGACAUUUACACAAUGGAUGGCAAGUGGACCAAGCUAUCUUAUCGGAAGAAGAUCGAGUUGUGGUUAUAAGAUUUGGUCAUGACUGGGAUCCUACAUGUAUGAAAAUGGAUGAAGUACUCUACAGUAUUGCUGAAAAAGUUAAGAACUUCGCAGUUAUAUAUCUAGUAGACAUCACUGAGGUUCCCGAUUUUAAUAAAAUGUAUGAAUUGUAUGAUCCAUGUACAGUGAUGUUCUUCUUCCGCAACAAACAUAUAAUGAUAGAUUUGGAGGUGCCAGAAAAGGAAGGGGUCUUGUUGUCUCACCAAAAGACUAUUCAACAAAAUACAGAUACUGAAAAGAUAUUGACAUCUUUCUGGACUUUUACAUUGACUACUCCAUACGGAUUAAGUUGUCUGGAGUAA